AUGCCAUCUCCCACCCUCAAUACAACAAAGUCCGCGAACGCUAAUCAUAAUGAUAAUCCCCUGCACUCCUCGUCCUCGCUCUCGCCCUCUCUAUCCUCAUCCGACGGUGAACAUGAGCGGAAAACAAGAGCCGAUCGCCCUCGUCUGGCGCGAAAACAAAGCGCUUCCAUCCUCGUACCCCGUGAUCACCCGGAGAUUGAGAUUGAGAAGGAAGAGUUUCCGCCUGAUGAUGCUCGUGCCAUGAGCCCUCGCCGCAAUUCGGCUGAUUUGGAAAGACUUGGGAGAGAAGCGAGAGAGGCGCUCAAACAACAAGCAAAGACCCUGCAAUCCUCGUUGCGGGCUCUGGCCGAACGGAUCGACGAAGUCAAGUCGGAUCAUGACAGGCUUGAAAGCGAAAAUAGGUUCCUACAGGAUUACAUUGGCGGUCUAACUCGCACAAUGUCGGCAAGGGCUGAAUUAACCUCGACGACCGGUCACACAAAAGGAAGAAAGCACCACAAAUAG